AUGCGUCCAACUAAAUAAUAGGAUUAUUAAUUAAUAACACCUCGAUCUCCAGAAAGGAUUCUCAAAAGAAGAAUAUUAAAUAAUUAAUCAUAAUAUUUAAUUAAGUGGAAAAGUUCAGAAUAAACUACUUGGGAAAAUGAAGAAAAUGUUAGAAGAUCAAUUUUAGAAGAGUUCAAUUAAAAUUAACAAUCGUUUUAAGAUUAAAAAUAAAAAAAUCUAAAAAAUGUAGCUUAACAAUUACCUGUAAUGUAAUAAGUAUAACAAAGUCUUAAACAUCCAAGUUAUUCUGAAGAACUUCUUUUAAAUAAAUAAAAAGAAAUGGCAUAAAAAUUUUGUAGUUCUUAUCCUUAAAAAUUUGAUGAAAUUGAUAGUGUUCAUUUAUUAUUAACAAAUGAAGAAUGUUUAUUUGAAGUUAAAUGGAAACCUAGAACAGAUGGAGUAGUUCCUAUUUCUGAUUUUUAUUAAUAUGAUUAAUUUAAAUUGGCUGCUCCAUUACUUUUUAUGAAUUUUUUAGAGAGUUGUAUAGUAGGACAUUAAAAUAAUCCAGAUAUUAAAUUUUAUGCUCCUGGAAAAGAUAAUGUAGAAAGAGCAUUAUUGAUUAAGAAAAUACUACUAAGAAAUCCUAAAUAUACAGAUUCUAAUAAGUAAGCUACUUAUAUUACUGUCGAAGAAUAAAAAUAAUCAGAUCUUCCAAUUUAACAAUAGAAUAAAAAUACAAUUAUUAAUAUUACUUAAUCUGAACACAAAAAAACUAUUUUAAAUUAACAUACAGAAUUAUAAGAUAAAAAUUAAAGCUCUUAAUUUGAAAGUGAAAAGAAAAAUCAAAUCAUUCUAUAAGAAUCAUCAGAAGUUUAAUAAUAAUUAGAUUCAAAUUCAUAAUAAGAAUUAUAAUAAUAAUAAUAAUCUAAUGAUGGAAGAGAACCUGGAGAAAUGGUAGAUCCUGAGGACAAUUAAUAAAAUGAUGAAUAAAUGGAAUAAAGAUCUAUUUCUUUAGAACCUUAAAAAUGA